CUCCAGCUGAUCGGCCUUGGCUCCCGGUGCGGACCCUCGGACUGUCCACGGCCGUAUUUGCCCUGAAUUCGCACGGUUCAUACUGCCUCUCUUGUAACGGCCGCUCGUCUCGGGAGAGCACUCCGCCUUCCGUGGUGAUCUGGACCAGAAAGCCCCUGGUGAGGCAGGGUUCUCUCUUUUUGUCCACGGCUGGGCGAGGAGCCUCCUCACAGCGAACAGGCCGCUUCCUCGUCCCCGGUCUCGCCUGACUACGCCCGCCGUUUCGAGCUAUGGGGGACACGGGCAGCGAACGCAGCAAGCCGCCCAGCAUACCGCCCCGCUGUCCUUGCGGGUUCUGGGGGUCCAGCAAAACGAUGAACCUGUGCUCCAAGUGUUUUGCAGGAGGCCCUGGCUGUGGCCCCCACCCCCCCCCCAUGGGAAAAUGGCCCGAGAGCCAGGCUUCGCAUUGCUGCACUUUUGGGGCAGGCUUAAGUGUCCCGCUGGAAUCCGUCACCUUCUGAAGUGGAGCGUGGGUUAUAAAUGACCAUGUGACUGUGUCAAGUUGACGGUGUCAAGUUGGGAGCGGAGACACUGGCCCCUCCAGCUCCGCAGUCUUCUGAGGGCACUUUGUUCCCAGAGACUUGCAUUUUUUGGUCUAAGCAGUCGGUCCCGCUGGACCGGUGCUGGACCCCAUUCAGGCUCAGUGGCCUGAGGUUCACGGGGACGAUGGCGGGCCGUUUGGCGGGCUGUUCUGAGCUCUCAUCCCCACACUGACACUUUUUUUUUUGUUCUCAAAGCCCUCUGAGGUCAGGCUGCUGAAUGCGUUGUAAAUCUCAGUUCCCCCACGAGCGGGCGGGGCUGUGAGACCGUGCACUUGCGUGUGUGUGCGUGUGCGUGCGUGUGUGUGUGGGGUGCUCGCGUUGUGCUCCCUCCCGGCUCUCUGCACGCACAGAGGGGUAGCUCUACUUAUUGCCACUCUGUCAAUAGGCAGAUUGUCUGCCUGCGAUGGAGAGGGAGACGCGCUUCCCCUUCAGGCCUCUCUUUUGCCAAAUAUCUCAUGUCCCCCUCCCCUUCCCCCAAGGUCUCACUCCUCCCAUCCUCUGUUUCCCACUGUCUCCCUCCCCAGACGUCCAGAAAAAGCAGCCGGACGAGGACUGCGCUCCAGAGCCCGCCCCUGGGACUGGUGGCAGCCAGUCAGCAGUGUUCUGUAGCGAGACAAGCAGCAGCAGUAGCCAAUCCCUGACGUCGGUGCCCUCCAGCUCCGAGGAGCCGUCGCCUGAAGUCUUGGGCCAGGCGCCCCCUCCUGCCCAGGAGGGGAUCUCCAGCACAGACACUGCCUGCGGCACGCUAUCCACGCCCACGAAACGGACCUUUGACUCAGCCUCGGGGUCAGAGAGCGAGGCAUCGCCGCAGAAGCGGACACGGCCCGACGACGAGGAACCGCGAGCCGGACCCAAGCAGAAGAGCAGGCGGCGCUGCCACCGCUGUCAGAGCAAGCUGGAGCUGGUCCAGCAGGAGUUGGGCUCCUGUCGCUGCGGUCACGUGUUCUGCAUGCUGCACCGUCUGCCCGAGCAGCAUGACUGCCUGUUCGACCACCUGGGCCGCGGUCGGCAGGAGGCUGUGCUCAAGAUGGUCAAGUUGGACCGCAAGGUGGGCCGGUCGUGCCAGCGCAUCGGAGAGGAGUGUUCCUGAACACCCCACCCCACCCCCCACGCUCUCCCCAAGCCCCACCCCCCUUCCACAGACAGACAGAUGACAUCGUGGGGGCCUUUCCCUCUCCACCUCAGACUACCCCCCCACUGCACAUCGCAUCUCCUGCCAGGCACUGCUUUGAUGUGGUACAGCGGCCUGCACCCCUCCCCUGACCUUUGACCUCUGCCCACUCAGCCCUCACCUAUCAGCCUUAACUGCUCCCCAUUUUUUUCAGUAUGAGGUCAGGGGUGGGGUUGAGGCUGGCUGCCCUGAGCUUGUGGGAAGGUGGCUGGGGAAUGGACUGCUAGUCCCCGCCUCCUCCAGUCCCCACCCCUCUUCCCAGGCUUAGCCCUGCCCCCUCUGCAUGUCACAUGGGCCACCCCGGGUCCCUGACUAGCAGUCUUGCCCAUUCUGGUCAUGCAGGGUCACCUGGACGAUCGCCUGCUUGUCUCAGGUUUGGGUUGGACCUGGAGAGCAGCCUCUCGCUGGCUCGUGGAGUCCACCUGUCCUCCUGGUGCUUCAUGCUUCCGUUGGUGGGGGGGGCGGGGGAGAGGUCUUGUCAAUCUGCAGUUCAGACUGUAGCCAGCACUCUAGGGCUACGGGUGGACUGAGACUGAUCGGCACAAGUGUGUGUGUGUGUGUGUGUGUGUGUGUGUGUGUGUGUGUGUGCAUGUGUGUCAGAGUGACUGGUGGGUGGGGUGGGGGGGGGGGGGGGUUAUCCCAGAAGCUGGGUGUGGCUGGGAGGCCUGGGGCUGUCUGGGUUCUGGCUCAGAAGGACUGGUCCUGGUGGGUGAAGCUCUGCACCCCAGUGAUGCCGAGGCCAGGCCCUCAGGCUGGCCUCUUUGGCUCGAACCCGCUGCCGUUGGCAAGUGGCUGAGAGGGUGUCAGACUGCGGAGACCAAACACACAGGCAGGGUCCUCCAGUCUCCCUCAUCACCCUCAUAACACUUUAUUUGUUCUCAGUGAUGGCUGCCGUGCCCCCCCCCCUCCCUGCCUUAAUUUCCUCAGUGGUGCCCCCUUCCUCUGUCAGGUGUCCUACACCCUCAUCUGCACUCUCCCACCUCUCUGCUAUUCCGAUUCCUGCACGCCCUCUUGCCCGCCUCCUCUUUGGGGUAGUAGAGGGUGUGAUGAUGAGGGGAGGGGCCUGG